UAGUCGUAUAUAAAGGUGAUGAAUCUCGUUGUCAAAUUCAGUUCACUUCUAAAGCAACUCGGAGCCGGUUUUUGCACAAGUCCAUCAAAUAUAUUUUAUUAGUGAUUUCGUGGAAAUUUGCCAUUCAAAAUGCGUUUCGCUCUGUUUGUCUUUCUGGCCUGCUGCCUUUUGGCAAUUACUGUGGCUAUCCCAGCCAAGGACAGUAAGAAGCCUGCUGCUAAUGCGUGCGUUAAAUCAUGUGGGGAUGCUUACGAACCCAUUUGCGGUAAAGCCAAGAAUUCCAACAAGGAGCGCCUCAUUACCUUCGGAAGCCCUUGUGUCAUGGCCAACUACAACUGUCAGCACGCCGACCAACAAUUUGAACAAAAAUCAAAUGGCGAAUGUGGAGGUGGAGCCAGCGUACUCCUUUCCUAAAUACAGAGUCGGACCACCAUAUUAUAUUUCUGCUAGAUUACUUCAAACCAUAAUGAUGCAAUAAAAUUCACAUUUUUAUUCCAA